AUGGGUACCAUUCCAUAUCUAUCUAUCUAUCUAUCUAUCUAUCUAUCUAUCUAUAUAUAUAUAUAUAUAUUCUUUAUUCCUUCUUUUUUUUAUUCCCUUUUAAUUUUCCCCCUCUUUUCAUUCCGUCUAUUCACUUUCUUCUUGAUUUCUUUUAUGAAUUUGUUCUCAUCUUAUCACCAUUUUUUAUAUUAUUUUUCUUUCUUUCUUUCUUUCUUUCUUUCUUUCUUUCUUUCUUUCUUUCUUUCUUUCUUUCUUUCUUACGCAUAUCCGGGCUUAAUCACCACUAUUCUUUCUUUCUUUUUUGAUUGUUUGUUUGUUCUUCGUUUCUUUCUUUCUUUCUUUCUUUCUUUCUUUCUUUCUUUCUUUCUUUCUUUCUUUCUUUCUUACGCAUAUCCGGGCUUAAUCACCACUAUUCUUUCUUUCUUUUUUGAUUGUUUGUUUGUUUUUCGUUUCUUUCUUUCUUUCUUUCUUUCUUUCUUGGUUGCUUGCUUCUUUCUUUCUUUCUUUCUUUCUUUCUUUCUUUCUUUCUUUCUUUCUUUCUCACCCUUCUUCUUUCAGUUCCUCUUUACGCCCUGUUUUUUAUACACUUUCAGUCUUUAUUUAUUUUCAUCUCUCACUUCAUUUAACCUUUCCUAUUUCUUUCUUUACUCACUUUCUCCGAUUCCUUUUCUUCGAUUUCUCUGCUUUCCUUCAUUUCUUAAAUUUCUUCAUCCACUUGUUUCUCGCGUAUAUUUGUUUUGA